CUGUCACAAUAACGAUCACCAUGCCCUCAAUAUUCAUGGCCUCUUUCUCCUAUCCCUUCUUCUUCUUUUAACACAAAUGCACCACUCAUUUUCCCCCAGCCAUUCUUUUUUGGCAUAACAAUUAACAUCUCUUGCUGUGUGGUCAUCACCGCCACCAUUCACCACCGGUUUCUGACCCACCACCCAUCUUCUCUGCCUUAUGGGUCAGCAAACCCACCGUGAAUUUUUUUCCGCCCCUUUGUCUUCUCAACACCAUCAUCAUCACCACCAUCAUUAUCAUGGAUAUCAUCAGGAUCCACGCUUGCUCGAGCUUACACAUAAAAAUGAGACCGAGACCAAUCUGGUCUCACCUUUUGGUAAGCUCGAGGGAUUGAGCGAGGGUGACAUUAGGGAAUCUGCCUAUGAAAUAUUCUUCAUGGCGUGCCGGUCGUCCCCCGGGUUUGGGGGCCGACAAGCACACUCGUUCAAUUUGAACAACCGUGAGAAGUCCAGCCAUGUGGUGAUGUCACCAACAAGUAAGGUGAAGCGGACUCUAGGGUUGAAGAUGUUGAAAAGGUCACCAUCAAGGAGAAUGGUGUCUGGUAGCAACGAUGAAGGGUCGCCGGUGGGGGGUGGAAGCCCUUACCAUCACACGAUGCCGUCGUUGAGGCCACGGCGACCGAUGACUUCCGCGGAGAUCAUGAGACAACAGAUGAGGGUGACAGAGCACAAUGAUAAUCGCUUGAGAAAAACCCUCAUGAGGACCCUCGUUGGCCAAGUGGGAAAAAGAGCAGAAACAAUCAUUCUCCCUUUAGAACUUCUGCGCCACCUAAAACCCUCAGAAUUCAGUGACUCCCAUGAGUACCACAUGUGGCAAAAGAGGCAGCUCAAAGUUCUUGAAGUAGGACUUCUCAAACACCCUUCCAUAACAGUAGAAAAGAGCAACACAUUCGCCAUGCGCCUCCGCGAUAUCAUAAGAAUUGGGGAAGCAAAAACCAUUGACACUGGAAAAAACUCUGAUACCCUGAGAACCCUUUGCAAUUCUGUGGUUUCAUUAGCAUGGAGAGGUCCUAAUGGCACCUCCACUGAUGUUUGCCACUGGGCUGAUGGAUUCCCUUUCAACAUUCACUUGUACACUUCACUUCUUCUAGCCAUUUUUGACAACAGGGAUGAAGCAUUGGUCCUUGAUGAAGUUGAUGAGCUACUUGAGCUCAUGAAGAAGACAUGGUCCAUAUUGGGGAUCACUAGGCCAAUCCACAAUGUGUGCUUCACAUGGGUGUUGUUUCAUCAGUACAUAGCAACUGGACAGGUGGAGCCUGACCUUUUGUGUGCCUCACAUGCUAUGUUGGCUGAGGUGGCCAUUGAUGCUAAGAAAGAAAGGGAGUCUUUGUAUCUCAAGUUGUUGACAUCAGUGCUAACUUCAAUGCAAGGUUGGGCAGAGAAGAGAAUGCUUCAUUACCAUGAGCGUUUCCCAAGAGGCACUAUUGGCCAAAUUGAAAACCUUCUUCCUGUGGUGUUGUCAGUAGCAAAGAUUUUAGGGGAAGAUCUCAUCAUUUCUGAUGCUAGGGGGGAAGGGGGAGAGAAAGGAGAUGUGACUAUUGUGGAUUCUUCUGGGGACCGGGUUGAUUAUUAUAUUCGAUCUUCCAUGCAAAAUGCAUUCGACAAGGUGAUAGAGGAAGUGAAUGCCAAGUCUGCUGAAUUGGAAAACAAGGGAGAUCUAAGUGAAAUUCUGCUUCAUUUAGCUCAGGAGACAGAAAAUUUGGCACUGAAGGAAAGAGAAAAUUUUAGUCCAGUGCUGAAGAAGUGGCACUCAGCAGCUGGUGCAGUUGCAGCCUUGAUGUUGCACAACUGCUAUGGGAAUGUGUUGAGGCAAUAUUUAAGUGAAGUGACCUCACUGACUUAUGAAACAGUUGAGGUGUUGCAGAGGGCUGAAAAGCUUGAAAAGGGUUUGCUCCAAAUGGUUGUUGAAGACUCAAAUGAGGGUGAGGAUAAUGGUAAGACAGUUGUGAGGGAGAUGGUUCCUUAUGAAGUUGAUUCAAUCAUAGUGAACCUUCUGAGAAAAUGGAUACAUGAAUCAAUGCACAAAGGCAAGGAGUACUUGCAAAGAGCAAAAGAUACAGAAACAUGGAAUCCAAAGUCCAAAUCAGAGCCAUACGCACAAACAGCAGCAGAGCUGAUGAAAUUGGGCAAGACAACUGUGGAACAAUUCUUUCAAAUUCCAAUAGGAAUAACAGAAGAUUUAGUUCAAGAUCUUGCUGAUGGACUAGAAAGUCUCUUCCAGGACUACAUGAUGUUUGUUGCAGCUUGUGGUACAAAACAGAGCUAUAUUCCUUCACUUCCCCCACUAACCAGAUGCAACCGGGAUUCAAAGUUCAUCAAGCUGUGGAAGAGAGCUGCUCCCUGUGGUGCUAGUUUAUUAGAGCUAGAACACAUAAAUGGAACAAAUCAAGGUCAUCAUCCAAAACCAUCUACUAGCCGCGGCACACAGCGCCUCUACAUUCGUCUCAACACCUUACACUAUCUUCUUUCUCACAUUCAGUCCCUUGAAAAAGCACUCUCUCAGAACCCUUGUGUAGCUCCUUCAAACAGGAACCGCCGGUUCUCGAACAACAUCAGGACUCAAAGCAACCACGGUUCAUAUUUUGAAAUAGUACUCUCCUCCAUUCCAGCAGCAUGUCAACAUGUCUCAGAAGUCGCGGCAUACCGUCUCAUAUUCCUCGACUCCAACUCAGUCUUCUAUGACAGCCUCUAUGUUGGAGAUGUGGCCAACGCUCGCAUUCGACCGGCAUUAAGGAUUCUCAAGCAGAACAUCACACUGAUGACCACAAUGCUGGCAGAUAAAGCACAGCCUCUUGCAAUGAAGGAAGUGAUGAAGGCCUCUUUCGAUGCAUUCCUCAUGGUUUUGCUUGCUGGUGGGAGCUCAAGGGUGUUUCAAAGGUCUGAUCAUGUGAUGAUCCAAGAGGAUUUUGAGAGCUUGAACCGCGUUUUCUGCGCCUGCGGGGAAGGGUUGAUAGCGGAGCAUGUGGUGGACAGAGAGGCUGCAGUGGUGGAGGGUGUCAUAGCAUUGAUGAGCCAGAACACUGAACAGUUGAUGGAAGAUUUCAGCAUUGUGACAUGUGAGACAAGUGGGAUAGGAAUGAUGGGUAAUGGGCUGAAAUUGCCAAUGCCUCCUACUACAGGAAGGUGGAAUAGAUCAGACCCAAACACAAUAUUGAGGGUGUUGUGCCAUAGAAAUGACAGAUCUGCAAAUCAUUUCUUGAAAAGGACAUUCCAAUUGGCAAAAAGGAGAUAAUAGCUUAGAGGAUGAAAAUACAGUGUAUCUCUUGAUAAAGUUUAAGCACAAGGAGAGAUUCCAUUGGCAAUGCAUUGUUGGUACUCAGUUCCUGGCUUGUUAAAAGGAAAGAACUUGGGGGAAGUGUGAGGAGGGAGAAGGUUGGGUUUGAAAGCACAGAAAGAGGUUCUGAAAUGGAGAUAAUAUGAGUUGAAGAAAGCAAUGCUUUGUUUUCAUAGAGACUACUGAAGGCUACAGAACAUGUGAUGGAUUGUAUUUGUCCUAUAAAAAAUUCUUUAAUUUUUUGGGAGAAAAAGGGAGAAGGAAAAAAAAAUAGCAGUUUCUUAGUGUAGUUUGUUGAUGUUGCACAUAGUCUAAGAGUAACUGUGAUGCUACAAGCAGUUAUGCUACAAUACAAUUAGUCUACACUACAGAUUACAGACAAACUAGUAGGCCUAUAUAUAAACACUACUCUAAGAAUUUCUGCUUGUAAUUAUGUAGAAAGGAAAAUACAAUUUUCUUUUCUAAUUUCAGUGUGAAGUGAAUUAAAGGGCAACUUGAAAGAAGGGCAUUAAUCAAAA